AUGGCACCCAGCACGCUCAAGAUGACGACCUGUCUGUGGUUCGACGGCCAAGCCGAAGAGGCAGCCAAGUACUAUACGUCCAUCUUCCCCAACUCCAAGAUCACACACAUCAACCAUUUCCUCGAAGCGGGCAAGGAGUUCCAUGGCCGCGAACCGGGCAGUGUCAUGGUUGUUGAAUUCGUCCUUGACGGCCACCGCUUCGUCGCCCUCAACGGCGGCCCGCAGUUCAAGUUCAACGAGGCCAUCUCGUUCCAAAUCGACUGCGCCGACCAGGAGGAGGUGGACUUCUACUACGCCAAGCUGGGCGAGGGCGGCGAUCAGACCAAGCAGCAGUGUGGCUGGGUGGCAGAUAAAUAUGGUGUGUCGUGGCAGAUCAUCCCGAUCGUGCUGAAGGAGAUGCUGUCCAGCGAGGACAAGGAAGCUGCCGGGAGGGCGUCGCUCAAGAUGAUGCAUUCGACACAUCUCAACAUCACCGAGUUGGAGGAGGCGUUCAAGGGUGAGGCUUGA